CGAAGGCUUGGGAUUUCCCACUCUCGCACUCACCAUCAUCCUCACUGCUACCGUUGUUCCCCAGCACCACACCAUCAGCCUCUCUGGCAGUCUUUGGUCCAACCACAUCCCCCGAUCCUCAGCUGGCACCCACCGCCUCCACGGACCUGGCCUCCGGCAACACACCGUCGAUCUAACCUGCCACUAUGGCUUCCCAAAGUCACCUGUCCUACAGCCAGCGUGCUCAGAAGCACCCACAUCCUCUCGUCAGGCGACUCUUUGAAAUAGCCGAACGGAAAAAAACCAACGUGGUGCUGUCCGCAGACCUGACUACGACCAGAGACCUUUUAGCCAUCGCCGACAGUAAGUGAGGAUUGAGGGAUACUCCGGACAGUGUAUCCCACGCACCGAGGUUGUCUUGUGGGAGAUUUUGACAAUUGCUGAAACUAUUCAAACAAAUUCUAACACUUGCUGUUCGUCUCGUAGGUCUGGGUCCGCAUAUUGCUGUUCUCAAGACACACAUCGACAUUGUCUCCGACUUUGGCCCUGCCACCGUUGAGGGACUGGCCCAACUCGCCCAACGUCACGACUUCCUUCUGUUUGAGGACAGAAAGUUUGUUGACAUUGGCAACACCGUCCAGAAGCAAUAUAGGGGGGGAGCGCUACGGAUCCACGAAUGGGCCCAUAUCGUCAAUGCCACCAUUCUUCCCGGUGAAGGGAUCAUUCAGGCGCUGGACCAGUCCAUUCGUGAUGGCGGGAUAUCUGAGCGAGGCAUUCUAAUCCUGGCUGAAAUGACCUCAAAGGGAUCGCUGGCAGUGGGCGAGUACACUCGAAUAUCGGUCGAGAUUGCAAGAAAAUACCCCCAAAGUGUCCUGGGCUUCGUGUCAACGACGGAGCUAUCCAGCCAUUCUCCGAGCGCCACGCGGGAUGAAGAUUUCGUAGUGUUCACAACGGGUGUCAACAUGUCCAGUAAAGGAGACGCGCUGGGUCAGCAAUAUCAGACGCCUACAACCGCCAUGGCAGGCGGGUCUGAUUUUCUCAUUGCCGGAAGAGGGAUAUAUGCUGCGGCUGAUCCGGUGAGUGCAGUCCAGGAGUAUCAAAAGGCGGGCUGGGAGGCAUAUGAGCGUCGUGUAGGCUCGGCCAGUGGAUAAAGGCUCGAGUAAGCAGGUUGGGCAUCAAGAUGCCAUCGCGACAAUGUACGACUCGACAGCUGCAACGUGGGCCUCUCAAAUCAAAGUGGGCAGCUCGUCAGGGAGCCGAAUCUGGUCCUGAAAUAGGUAAGGAUGCUACAGGGGUCUGGGAACAUCACUUUUGGUACUCGGACGUGGCUGAGGGGCAAAAGAUGAAUCCAUCACGAGGAAUGCAGGGCUACCUACCAUAGCAUAGCGAUUAUUAUUGACUCUACUCCGUAUCUGGGGCAUGUAGUCGGUAUCGG